AUGACUACCAUGUCUUGUGGUCUUGUGCAAUUGGCAAGCUCAGGGUCGGUGUCAGGCGGUCAGACACUGAAUCUGUAUGAGAAUGUUACACUGAGUGGUGGAUGGACUGUCUACCCUAUUAGCUACAUCGUCGUGGAGAAUACGAGUGUUGUGUUAUGGUGCAAGCGGAAUGAUAACGUCCCUCCUGCGUAUCAGAUUAGAUCGUUUGACGAGAACACUUUUGGAAAUGCGCUACAGAAGUUUGGGAGUGAUCCUCUGGUGAGGAGUGAACCUGGGACACUAAAACUCAAGAUUGACAGAUUCAGUAAGAAAUACGAAGGCGAGUGGGAGUGCGCUAUACAAGUGAAUGAUCCUGAUCAUGGACUUCAGGCUCGCUUUGGUCCAACUCGUAAGGUGGAGCUUGCAAUUGCUCCUACCAUCAGUCAGUUUACUGCUCCUAAUACCAACUUGUCGGAUUCCGUGACGAUUACUUGUAAAUCUCCUGAAGCUAAACCAGAUCCUUCUUACCUGUUCAUCAGGCGGCAGAAAACAGGAGAGAUACUGAAAAAUUCCUCACUUACAAACACUGUGAGCUAUACUAUUGACAAAGUCAAAGAAACUGAUGCUGGAGAAUAUGAGUGUGUUGGUGAGAACAAGGCUGGACUUAGAAGCGGGACAGUGUAUUUUACAGUUCAGAGUGAGUAA